AUGAAAAAUGAAAAUAAGGCUGCAAGUAAAGAAAGUCUACGAGUAGCUCAUUUGUUAGCCAAGGAAGGAAAACCCUUUACUGAUGCUCUUGAUGAGUCGACAGACAUUACAGAUACUGCUCAAUUGCUGCUGUUUACUCGAGGAGUCAAUGCUGACUUUGAAGUGACUGAAGAAUUAGCUUCUAUGAAUAGUCUGCGUGGAACAACUACAGGCGAAGACAUUUUCAAGGAAGUUGAGGAAAUGUUAACGAAGUACAAUCUGAAGUGGAAUCAGCUAAAAUGUGUGACAACUGAUGGUGGUAAAAAUAUGUCUGGAACAGAACCAGUCGUGUCAACGGUGAACUUCAUUCGUUCUCGUGGGCUGAACCAUCGUCAGUUCCGUGAUUUUCUGUCAGAAGUGGAAGCCGAAUAUCCUGACUUACCCUACCACACAGCAGUUCGAUGGCUCAGCAGUGGUAAAGUUUUAUUAAGAUUUUUUGAACUCAGAGAGAUUGAAAUUUUUCUCAAUGAGAAAAAACGCCCUCAACCACUAUUAUCGAACACUGAAUGGCUUUGGAAAUUAGCUUUUGCUGCUGAUAUCAUGGGAUUUCUUAAUGGAUUCAACUUGAAGCUACAAGGCAAAACAGUGCUAAUAUGUGAAACUUAUACUGCGGUAAAAUCAUUUCGACGACAACUGGCUUUGAUUGAGUCACAAAUCAUGUCAAGCUGUUUCGUGCAUUUCCCAUGCUGUCAAACAUUAAAAGAAGAAGUGGAUUCCCCAUUCCCGCACGAAUUUGCAGGUGAUAUAUUUUCUGAGCUCAAAAAACAGUUCCAGCAACGUUUUUCGGAUCUUGAUGCAAGUGCAGAAGACAUUUCCAGAUUUGAAAAUCCAUUUAACUGUACAAUUGAGGAACUUCCACCUAACCUUCAAUUGGAAGUGAUUAAUCUGCAGUGUGAUAACAUGCUAAAAGGCAAAUUCCAAGAGAACAAUCUAACAGAAUUCUAUAAGUGUCUUCCAAGUGAUGAAUAUGGUGAAUUAAGAUCAUAUGCUCGAGGUUUGAUCUCUGUAUUUGGUAGUACCUACCUGUGUGAAAAGACAUUUUCAAAGAUGAAAUAUGUAAAAUCUCAAUACAGGUCAGCAUUAACAGACGAACAUUUGCAAUCAAUUAUGAUGAUAGGGAGUACUAACUUUGACCCCCAAUUUGAAGAAAUGUUAUCUAAAAAAAAAAAUUUCAUUCAUCCCAUUAGUAGCCUAAAGCUGUGUUUCAAACAAUGA